AUGGCGGCAGACAUUCGCGCCACCACCGCGCUCCCAGCCAUCCUGGUGCUCUCGCUGUCCCUGCUCGUCGUAGCGGCCCGCUCCGACACGGCGGUGGCCACGCCGGUGACGCCGUCGACCGCGUGCAACGAGACGACGGACCCCAACUUCUGCCGGACCGUGCUCCCGUCCAACGGCACCAGCAACCUCUACACCUACGGUCGCUUCUCCGUGGCCAGGUCCCUCGCCAACGCCAACAGGUUCCUCGCCCUCGUCAACCGCUACCUCGCUCGCGGCGGCCGCGGCCUCUCCCCCGGCGCCGUCGCCGCACUGCAGGACUGCCAGCUCCUCUCCGUGCUCAACAUCGACUUCCUGUCCUCCGCGGGCGCCACGCUCAACACGUCCGCCAACAGCACCCUCCUCGACCCGCAGGCCGAGGACGUGCAGACGCUGCUGUCGGCGAUCCUGACCAACCAGCAGACGUGCGCCGACGGCCUGCAGGCCGCCGCCUCCGCGUGGUCCGUGCGCGACGGGCUCGCCGUGCCCAUGGCCAACAGCACCAAGCUCUACAGCGUCUCGCUCUCGCUCUUCACCAGGGCGUGGGUGCCGGCCGCGGGCAAGUCCGGCGGCAGGAGGUCGAGGGGGUCAUCGUCGGCCAACAAGCCGCCCCACCACGGCCACGGGAGGGGGCUGUUCGACGCCACCGACGACGAGAUGGUCCGCAGGAUGGCGCUCGAGGGCGCCGCCGCGGCGGUGCCGGUGGUCGGCGAGGUCACCGUGGACCAGAGCGGCGCGGGGAACUACACGACCGUCGGCGACGCCGUGGCGGCGGCGCCGAGCAACCUCGCCGGGAGCAACGGGUACUUCGUGAUACGCGUCGCGGCGGGCGUGUACGAGGAGAAUGUGGUGGUGCCCAAGAACAAGAAGUACGUCAUGAUGAUCGGCGACGGCAUCGGACAGUCGGUCAUCACCGGCAACCGGAGCGUCGUCGACGGCUGGACAACCUUCAACUCGGCCACGUUCGCUGUUCUGGGGACAGGUUUCGUGGCUGUGAACAUGACGUUCCGGAACACGGCCGGCCCUGCGAAGCACCAGGCGGUGGCGCUCCGCUCCGGCGCGGACCUGUCGACGUUCUACCGGUGCAGCUUCGAGGCGUACCAGGACACGCUGUACACGCACUCCCUCCGGCAGUUCUACCGCGCCUGCGACAUCUACGGCACCGUGGACUACGUGUUCGGCAACGCCGCCGUCGUGUUCCAGGGCUGCAACCUCUACUCCCGCCUUCCCAUGCGGGGGCAGAGCAACACCGUCACGGCGCAGGGCCGCACGGACCCGAACCAGAACACGGGCACCACGCUCCAGGGCUGCGUCGUGGCGGCGGCGCCCGACCUGGCCGCCAACGCGGCGUUCCCCGUGGCCACCUACCUCGGCCGGCCGUGGAAGCUCUACUCCCGGACGGUGAUCAUGCAGUCGGAGGUGGACGCGGUGGUGGACCCCGCGGGGUGGAUGCCGUGGGACGGCGACUUCGCGCUGGCCACACUCUUCUACGCCGAGUACAACAACUCGGGGCCCGGGGCGGACACGAGCAGGCGGGUGGCGUGGCCGGGGUUCCACGUGCUCGGCAGCGUCGCCGACGCCGGCAACUUCACCGUCGGGAACAUGGUGCUCGGGGACUUCUGGCUGCCCCAGACCGGCGUGCCUUUCACGAGCGGGCUGAACUGAAGAGAUGAUGAUAAUGGUCGUUAGCGGCUAAUUGGGCAAUUAAGUCGGUGCAAAGACGAGCUUAGUGGAUGUUACCAUAUUGUAUUCGUUGCAAAUGGUAGGUAGGUAUACGGAUAACAAAGGGUAUAUAUAUAACAGAAUAAUAAGUGGUGCAACAACACCAUGAUUCAUAGCCAUAUUAGGUUCGAGAUGCAGUGUAUUCUCCAUUUCCAGUGAACUUCCAAGUAAUGCUACCAGGAACAUCCGGGUGUAAGUGGGUCUCUCUGGUUGCUCU